AUGCGGUAUGGACAGCAAACGGCAAUCCGAACAAUCAAAACCAGCUCAUCAUCUGCUGCUUGUGGAUCAAACUUUGAAAUAAACAAAGAAUACAUCAUUUCAGGUGUCAACACUCAGGGGGUAUGGGAAACCAAUUUAUGCGCCUGGAAUACUGAAACUUCUUUACUAACGCAAUACCAAAGAAGAGCACUGGAUCUCGACAUUUAUAAAAAUAGUUGUACCUGCAAGAUUUUGGAUUGCACAUUCGGCGUAAGAAAUUGCCAAGCUGUGAGAGGAAAUGAGUGCGUCAUCAGAUCAAAUUUCAAUUGCUUCCAUGACAUUAAUUCCUGUGGGAGAGUUAAUUCCAACUGCAUGUGGACUUCUCCGGCCUGUGAUCUAUUAUAGCAGUAUGGAAAGUAAAUUAAAGUUAAUAUGAAUUUAUUGUAACAGUAAUGAUAUCAUCAUAAUUAAAAUCUCUUUUACGCUUACUAUAUUACGACUUUUCUGAUCUCGCUGAACAAAUAUUUUUAACAUAAGGUCUUGUCUUUAUAAUUCAUUAAUUUUAUUGAGGGCACACUUCACCAUGACUUCGAGCAUGACUGGGAAUAUUUUUUUCAAAAACAAUCAAUGUACCAACAGUUUAUACAAUAAUGAAUUUGAAAUUAAUCUUGAGUGUGAGAGGUCAUAUUCCGUAAAGCAUAAAUAUACCAUGAGGAAUUUAGGUGCUCGACAAGCACAUGCAAAUACUCAGAAUGACAUAACAAAUCUAUUUAAUUAUAUCUAAGGAAUUUAUGUCAUUAUACAUGUACAUCAUUUGCAUUAUG